CAUGCCCCCAGGUACCACGGGGAAGUCGGCGAUAUCGUGGUCGGGAGGAUCACGGAGGGUCAGCAGAAGCGAUGGAAAGUGGAAACCAAUGCCAGGCUGGAUUCAGUCUUGUUGCUGUCAUCUGUGAAUUUGCCUGGUGGGGAGCUGAGAAGGAGAUCAGCAGAAGAUGAGUUUGCGAUGAGGGACUAUCUGCAGGAAGGGGACCUCAUCAGUGCAGAGGUCCAGUCUAUAUUUUCUGAUGGGGCUCUAUCACUGCACACCCGGAGUCUGAAAUACGGGAAGCUCGGCCAGGGUGUGCUUGUUCAGGUCUCGCCCUCCCUUGUGAAACGCCAGAAGACUCACUUCCAUGACUUGCCCUGUGGUGCAUCUGUGAUCCUUGGCAACAAUGGUUUCAUCUGGAUCUACCCAAGGCUGGAACAGAAGGGUAAAGAGGCAGGGGGCUUCACCACCAACUUGAAGCCAGUUCCCUUGUCUGACCGGGAGGUGAUCUCACGGCUCCGAAACUGCAUUGUGGCUCUGGUUACGCAGAAGUUGAUGCUCUUUGACACCAGCAUCCUGUAUUGCUAUGAAGCAUCCCUUCCUCAUCAGAUCAAGAACAUUCUCAAUCCAGAGGUGAUGGAGGAGAUCGUUCUGGAAACCCGACAGAGGUUGCUGAACCUGGAGGGAUAG